UUUGCAAAACAAUAUUUAUCCAGAACAGUUUUGAUAUUGACCUUAUUACCAUAUCGUUCUACUGCAAUUUUAUUUUAUUUUCCCUUGAAAGUUCUGUUUCAUUUUCUGGGUUCCAUUUUGUGUGAGCAAUAAUGGCUGUUUCCUUUAUCAUAUCAAUACCCACUUGAUGUCAUUGAUUAUUCUUCUUUAACCUUGGCAACAAACGCUACUCUCACUCCUCUCUCUGCUUCUUUUAUUUUCCCACGCUAUGCCGCUUUUCUUCUUGGUUUUCUAUAUCAGAGUCUUAAGUUGGUUUUUGAUGCAGGUAGUUUAUCUGCUUGCACAUGUGUACUAAAAGGAUCAUCUUCUCUUUGUCUGCUUGUGUGUGGAUUUAUUGGUUUUCUUUUCAUUAACUCUUUGUUUGAAUCUUGGAUUUCUUAAACUCAUCCAUCUUGCUGGUCCUUCGUUGUUGCCUUUUUGAGCAAGUUUACUUUUUCAGUUUUCACCUUUACUUAUAACUGUGUGCAGGUUUCGUAGUUUUAUCAUUCAGAGAACCCGAUAGGAUCUUUCUUUCUCUCUCAGUUUCUUUGUUUUCUUUUUUCUUUUUCCUUUUUUUUUUUUUCCGAGAAACCUGUAUGCUCUUCACUUCUGUCUGUACGUCUCUCGUUUUACCCUGUUGAAGUUCUUGAACUGUUUCAGCAAAAAAAAAAAGUUUGGAUCAAUCAGGUAUUCAAAGUGUUGCUCUUUGCAUUUAUAUAUAUCAUCUUUCUAGUUUCUUCUCUCUUUGCAAUGCCUCCAACAUAUUUCCCUCUUCGGUGGGAAAGCACCGGAGAUCAAUGGUGGUAUGCUUCUCCAAUUGAUUGGGCAGCUGCUAAUGGCCACUAUGAUUUGGUCCGGGAGCUACUCCGGAUUGACAACAACCACCUUAUCAAACUUACCUCUCUGCGCCGGAUUCGUCGCCUUGAGACUGUUUGGGAUGAUGAAGAACAAUUUGAUGAUGUAGCCAAGUGCCGUUCUCAGGUUGCCAGAAAGCUCUUAUUUCAGUGUGAAUCCAAAAAAGGGAAAAACUCUCUGAUCCGGGCUGGCUAUGGAGGGUGGUUUAUGUACACGGCUGCCUCAGCUGGAGACCUUGGAUUUGUUCAAGAACUGCUUGAGAGAAACCCUCUUCUGGUUUUUGGUGAAGGAGAAUAUGGUGUUACUGAUAUUCUUUAUGCUGCUGCCAGGAGCAAGAACUCUGAGGUUUUUAGGCUGCUCUUUGACUUUGCAUCUUCACCAAGGUUUGUGACAGGAAAAGGUGGAGAGUUGGAGGAACAUAUAGGGGAAAUUCCUUCUGUUUACAAAUGGGAAAUGAUAAAUAGGGCUGUUCAUGCUGCUGCUAGAGGAGGAAACUUGAAAAUUUUGGAAGAGCUUCUUGCUAAUUGCUCUGACGUUUUGGCUUAUAGGGAUGUUCAAGGCUCAACUAUCCUGCAUGCUGCAGCUGGAAGAGGGCAGGUUGAGGUUCUGAAACAUCUUGUAGCAUCCUAUGACAUCAUCAACUCCACGGAUCAUCAGGGAAACACAGCACUACAUGUGGCUGCUUACAGAGGCCAAUUAGUAGCAGUUGAAGCUCUCAUAUCUUCAUCGCCUUCUUCCAUUCAUUCGACUAACAAUUUAGGAGAAACUUAUCUCCACAAGGCUAUAUCCGGUUUCCAAACUCAUGAUUUUCGGAGGCUGGACAAACAAAUCGAGCUUCUGAAGCAGUUGGUGUGUGGGAAGGUUUUUAACAUCCAGGACAUCAUCAAUGCCAAGAAUAAAGAAGAAAGGACUGCUCUUCACAUGGCCAUCAUUGGGAACGUUCAUUCCGAGUUGGUUCAGCUCCUGAUGACUGCUCAUUCCAUAGAUGUUAAUGUCCGUGAUGUGGAAGGCAUGACCCCACUUGAUUACCUCAGGCAACGGCCACGUUCUGCAUCGUCUGAUAUACUAAUCAGACAGUUAAUAUCAGCAGGGGGAAUGUUUGGUAGCCAGGGUUGCAAUGCAAGAAAAGUCAUUGCUUUGCGGUUGAAGAUGCAAGGCAGUGGAAGCAGUCCAGGAACAUCAUUUAGAAUUUCUGAUACAGAGAUAUUCUUGUAUACAGGGAUUGAGAAUGCAUCAGAUGGCAGUGCUGAUCAUCAUCAGGGAAGUCCUGGACAUAUGAGUUCUUCUUCUGUGGACAUGAGUGCUGAUGACACCAACAAUGAGAACCAUCAUAGACCAUCCAGCAGCAGUACAAAACCUGGUUCUGUAAACCAUGCAGCACAGCGAUUGAAACGUGUUCUGCGAUGGCCUCGUAUCAAAGAGAAAAGGCCUCAAAGAUUCAAGAAAUCAGCAGAGCAAGGUAAUUCAAUCGAGUCCAACAAGAUGAAGAACACCACUUCAGAUGGUUGUACUCCAACUCCCCUGCGCCAGAGAUUUUCCAAACCUCCAUCACUUCCUAAUAACAAAAGGACACUUUCAGUGAGGAGCAAUCAAUCAAGUCCCUCGGCCAAGAAGAAGUUUGCUUUGGGCCUAAAGCAUGGUGUUAUGCAGGCAAUGCCACAUAUAAGCGUUCCAGGUCGAUCUCGGUCUAGUUCAUUCUCAAAAUCGUCAAUUUCUUCACCCACUUCAUUGGAUAAGCAAAAGGGUAUUUGUAUUGAUGAUAAUGAUAUUGCUGGACCCUCUUGCUCAAAUCAACAAGUUGAAGUAGCUCAAAAUUUGAUCAAACAAGGCUCUGCUAGCAAAAGGCUGAGGAACCAGUAUUUCUGUUUUGGGGCAUCAGGAGUAUCGGUGAAAACCCCAGUUAGCAGGCAACAGCAUCAGAACCAAAGUUUGAAGCGUCCUGUUCCUGCAGUGGCUUGAUUUGACUUGAAAUAUAUGAAGUUUGGGGUCUUGCAAAGAAUCAAGGCAGAAAAGGAAUGCGAAAACUGCCUGGGAUUUGUGCAGAGCCACUAACAUAUAUAUAUAUAUAUAUAUAUAUUUAUAAGUGUAUAGGGGAAGAUGAGCAAGUUUCUUUAGCUGUUUCACUAGCAACUUCUUGUUGAAUAUGUGCACCCUUUGCCCUUUGGUUGUUUAUUUUGUGUAGUGGUAUAAUGUUCUCGUUGUAUUUUUAUAAUGUAUCCUGUGUGAUCAACUUCCUCAA